UGGAAACGAAACGAAAUAAAUCUGGCGGGUUGUAAUGAAAAACAAAAAAAAAGUAGAUCUAGAUCUAGAAGUGAAAAGCUAAAUUUAAUCUAGAUCUAGAUCUAGACUUAAAAUCUGUAUAGAUCAAUAUUUAGAUCUAACCUAAGAUGGAAUUUGGAACGAAGUCAAGGAAAAAGUUGAUUACUACUAACAAAGUAAAAGAUUAUAGAUACCCACAUCAUCUUCAGCUUUAUACGGACCCUCCUACUGAGACAAUAUCUCUGCAAGAGUUCGAAGAACUUGCUGUUGAGCGUUUGAAAGUUCUAAAAGCUGUUGAAACUAUUGGGAUUACACAUCAAAAAGGAACAGAAAAAUAUAAUCAAUUACUUGAGAAAGAAAUCACUGCUACAAAAUUUAAAGAAUGUUUUAUUAGGAAAAGAAACUUAAGUUUGGAAGAAGAAAUAGAAAACCGUAAACGAGAUCAUAUGUCACAUUUCAUCUUAAGACUUGCUUAUUGUCGUUCAGAAGAUCUUCGUAGGUGGUUUCUAUUACAGGAGCUGGACUUGUUCAGAUAUCGUUUUCAGCUAGAGAGCAGCCAAAGUCGUGUGGAGUUUUUAGCGUCUAAUAAUCUUAAAUAUAAACCUGUUGAGAAAGAUGAGCAGGAAGAGGUAACCAGAGAAAUGGAUGGCUUGGAUCAUCUUACUAACAGCACUAACAAAGAAUUUUAUAAGGUUCCUUUUACUGAAGCUCUGGAUCUUGUCAGAAAUAGAAAAGUGUUUCUGCGUGAUGGUUAUGCUUAUGUUCCUCAAGAAGACUUGGUAUCAAUAUUACUAUCAUUGUUCAGAACCCAGUUGUCCCAUGCCUUGGUAGUAACAUCAAGGGCAUUGCCAAAUAUGGAAGAAGAUGGCAGGUUAUUGCCAAUGCUCUGUGGACUUAGUAAACGUUAUUUGGGACAAGAUUAUGGUGUAAAGAAACAAAAUGUUGGUGUAGUAACAGCAGAAAUGAUAGAACUGCUGUCAAAAAAAUCAUUUCCCCUGUGCAUGCAAAAUAUUCAUGCAUCAUUUCGUCAGACUCAUCACCUACGUCACGGUAGUCGUUUACAGUAUGGGUUGUUUCUGAAGGGGAUAGGUCUUUCACUUGAAGAAGCUAUGAAAUUUUUCAAAGCAGAGUUUACAAAAAGUAUGGAUAUUGAUACGUUUGACAAAAAAUAUUCCUACAAUAUUCGCUAUAAUUAUGGCAAAGAAGGCAAGAAAACAGAUUACACACCUUAUGGUUGUAUGAAGAUUAUUAUGAACAACCCACCAGCCAUGGGAGAUGCUCAUGGCUGUCCUUUCAAACAUUUUGAAGCAGAAUUUCUUCGGCAGAGACUUUCUUCUUUAGGAGUAUCUAAAGAUGGUGUAGAUGUUGUGAUGAAAUACACUAAAGGUGGUCACUAUCAGGUUGCAUGUGCUAAAUUAUUUGAAUUGACACAUGGAAUCAAUGAUACAAACAGUGAAGUGGAAAUGGUUAUACAGCAUCCAAAUCAAUAUUUUGAAAAUAGUCAAAAAUUACUAAAUGGUCCUGUGAAAACUGCCAAGACUGUAAAGAUUGUCAGCAGUCAACAAAACAGCCAAGCAUCUGUUGCCAAUGGUUCACAAGUAGAUGUCAAGACAGAAGUCAUGGAUGAUGAAAUGGGCGAUGAUUUGGAUCUAAAUGAUGAAGAGUUGAACAUGAUGACAUGACACAACUGAUGCACGAUAUUCAUAUAUAAAUAAAUAAACCUAUCAUUCUCUAGAGAUAAAAUCUUCAGAUAGAAACAGUUCAUCCUGUGAAUGUAUCCUACAUUGAAACUAUGUCAUAUUGGGCCUAAAGUGAGGUCUUGCUUAGUUCUUAUUAGUUUGAUUCAUACACCAAACAAAAUCUACAACCUGAAGACAUGCUUGUAUUAUAGGCACUGAUUCAGGUAGGACAUAGGAGGGUUGUUGGCUAUUUGGUCAGACUAUGUUACAUCUAUAUUGAAGGUUAUCUACCUUCCUGAGUCAGUCAUUUGGUUUCACUUGGUAACUGAACAUUGCUUGAAUACCAAAAGUGAACAGGGGCAGGAGAUAGUUUUAGUGACAAGGUUAUGUAUGUAUAUAUAUUCUACUUUGAUUCUUAACCAAAAGUUAUUCUCCAUUGUUCUAUUUAUUUGUAUGCAGUUCACACAGAUGAGAAAUAUUUUUUUUUUUGUAAUUUGUAUUUGUUGAACAAAUAAAAUGCUAUUUGCUAAAAGAAGCUUCA